UAUGAGCUGAAACUUCACCGGGAGCCUUGCGCGCCCCGCCGCCUGUCGCCCACAACAGCCCGCAUCAUCAUCAUCAUCAUCAUCAGCAGCACCACCAUCAUCAUCAUCAUCAUCAUCAUCAGCAGCAGCAGCAGCAGCAUCAGUGUGAUGAAGCAGCGGAGGACGGAGACCUUCCUGCUCUGAGACACUGGAUCAGCCCGCAGACAGGAUGACCGAGGUGAUGAACUCUCUGGAGCCCAGCGCGGAGGACUUCAGCGGGGGUGGAGCUGGAGCAGAUCAGGCCGCAAUCUUCCCAGAUACCCAUGAAAGGUAUCCAAAGCUGUCCAAGAGGCUUCCCUCCAUCGUGGUCGAGCCGAUGGACGGAGCCGAGGUGGAGAGCGGCGAGCUCCGCUGGCCGCCGGACGAGCCAAGCUCUCCGGACGCCAGGACCGAGAGGCCGAGUGCGGACGAACAAACUGCAGAUGAGGACCAGUCGAACGUCGGCGUGGACGAAGAGGCUUCAGCGGCGGAGAUGCAGGACUCCAACUGAAUAAACUACCCUCCUGCGUAAUCCACAGUUACUGUGAGUGUGUUCAGACUUGGAUGAAUGAAAAAGAGUCUGAUAGAAGAGCACGUUGCGUUGGUAAAAAAGAUCACAGAGACUAGAGAGGGUAGAAAAACAGAUUCCCAAACCCCAGCUCGCGGGGGGCUUGGAGCCAGAGUCGUGAUGGAGAGUUUUUGUUUUUGUGUAGGCUUCCUCUUCCUCUUUUUCUUCUUCUAAUGAUGAUGACGGAGGUUGUUCUGACAGCUUAUAAAGAUCAUCUUGAACCUUAUCCAGUUUGCCUUUUGGCUAUUUUCUUUUCACGAGAAGCUGCCUGAAAAUGAACAAAAUACACUUUAACUUUUGGCAGAAGACGUGUUUUCGAUGUCAGAAUUCAAACACUUAAUCUCCAGAUUAAAUUUGUUUUUCUUCCCCCCAUCUAAUAUGACUGUUCUUACAUUUACAGCUUUGUGAUUUUGAUAUUUUAAAUUUGAUGAAUUAAAUGUUCACUCUCUGGCUCCAAGCCGUCGCCGUCCAGAUGCUCACGAUAUAUCAUCUGAUCUGGACAGAUGUUUCUAAAUGCUGUUUAGCUCUUGUGUGCCAUAUUACUACAACUACUACUACUACUACUACUACUACUACUACUAAUGGUAGCUGCUGUACUUUGUGCACAGUUUUUACAUUAACUCUAGAUGUAAAUGACGUCACUGUAUGUUAAGUGCUGACUGCUGUAGUUUUGGUGAUGCUUGGUCUCACUUUUCACUUUGUAAUAAUAGCUACGGUGUUUUAAAGAACAGUAUUUGAGUAAGAAAGCCUUCAUCACUUUAUUCGAUGUUAUUACGACACAUUCUUUAAUAUAUUUUGAUGUGUUGUCUUUGGUGUUCAAGGGAAUGUGAUGGUGUUCUGUUUUACUUAUUGGAGCAAUAUGUUCAUUUAAAGGCAGUCCAUUUUGUUACUAAAGUAAAAAACAAUAGCCAGUAUAUUUUAGACGUGUGUCGUUUGUCACAUGACAUGAUAUUUUUUAAAGUACUGGAAGCCUAAAUUAUUGCACAAGUAAUAAACAUUUUCAAAAUUCUUAAAAA